AUGGACGAUCGAAGGAGGUCGACGAUGUGCGGCUUCAAGACGCAAAUUAUUUGGUCGCCAAGCGAUCCACGUCUUUUCGCGACGAUGGAGGUUGCUGAUAUGCGCCAUGUGCUCAGGUUUUAUCAUCUCGUUCCAGUUGAAAAUACUCCCGAACGGAAAACGCACGCGUUGCCGCCAGAAAGAACAGAAUUCAUCAGUCCGAUAACGCUUCCCUUUCCGUCAGAAAAUGCUGUCUGGGUCAAUUCGAUCAAAAAUAAACACACGAUUCUGGUAGAUGACAAAACGAAAGAGAAAGAAAACACGAUACGAAUCAUCACUUUUUCAAUCGUCGACGGCAGAAUUGAAUAUGAAUCUCCACUGGCGAAUUUGCCCGAAAGAAGCGCGAACAUGACCAUUUCAGUGAUGACCUUCAAUCAAGAAACGAAUCAGCUUCUCUGCGCUGGAAAACAGGCUCGCGGAACUCUGAGCUGCUUCAUUUCUACCGAAAAGAAAAAGUUCGAGGACAAGCAACCGCUCCACAUUGACGACCAAAACGGGGCAGACAUCAUCGACGCGGUCUUGAAGUCCAAAGAUCAUGUUUUUCUGUCGAUGGCGUCGGAGAAACCAAUGAUCGUUUUCGUCAAGAAUGACAACAUGCGAAGAGCAAGAAGUUAUAUCAAAACUGGUUUCACUCCACAGGGCAUGUCUUUUUCCCCAGCAAACCAAACGCUCGCCACUUUUGGCCUAGACAACGGUUUCACCCAGCUGAAGAUCUACGAUACUCGUGGACUAGACAACUACGAUGCGUACAGUCGUGAUUUGGAUCCGGUCUUCAAGCACACUUACAACGACACGCCAAAGGUCCAAAUCCAUCAGAUAAUUUUCUCGCGCUACAGACCGGAACUUCUCGCAAGCCUGACGACGACUUUGAUGGGCGACUCGAGAGACGUGAAGCUCGUCGUUCAAGAAUUCCACCGCGAUAAUAACAAGUACCGCGACAGGAACAAACAAGACAGCCAAGUCGAAGGGCCAACGACGAUUUUUCACAAAACUGAUCACACGACCAUCAAUCUCCCUUCACUCACUGCGAUCGGCUCUGCCCACUGCUUCAGAUGGUGUCCAACGCAAAUGAAAAUAAUCUGCUGGGAGCGAAACGAAAUGCCAACGCUUCAUCCUGUUCACGAACAUCAAGUGCCUGUUAUCUCGCCAAUAACAGGGGAUAUUCUCGUUGGUGGGGCAAAAGGAAUCAUUACUUUUCAAGCGACGGAUGAGAGGAUGGAGCGAUUUCGUGCGAGACUCAAGCUGAAAUAUGGUCAUUUGCUGGCGAAAAAUAUGUAUAAAGAGUUAGCCGCCAAAGCCGCAGAAAAGAUCCGAAACUACUCCUCGAUCCCGGAUGUAACAUCAGAUCCUCGAAGAGAGCGUGAUUUCGCUCAAAUAUGGAAAUAUCUCAUUCGCACGAAAAAAGCGGACAUUGAAUAUUACAAAAAGCAGGAGGAAUCGGAGGAGCCGAUUCCCCGGCGCCAGCCCUCGAAUUCCAGAGGAGAGUAUCACCUGAACAGGAAUCGAAUAACGACGGGAAUCGCUGGAACGCUGAUGAAUAAAUACAGAACGGGGAUGAAGGAGGAAUCGGAGACGACAGAGGGCUACUGGCAGAAGUCAAGAGACGAUGACACAUGCAUUUUUACGUCGAGAGUCUACACCUCCGAUCCUCGGAGACGAGUAAUCGAGCUUUGUGGCUACUACGACCCUUUGUACCACACGCCGAAAGAAAUCUCCAACAAGAUUGACGAGUUACUUCUUGAAAAUCCAACCAAAGCGGCGGCGUACGCCCUCUUUUGCCGCCAAAAGUGGCGCGCGAUUCAAAUCCUCAAGGACCAGCGCCAGGAGAAGAUGACCUACAUCGUUCUGGCUAUUUCAGGCUUCAAUAAUAACUUCGGAUCGGAUUGGCAUCAGGAAGUUGAUGAGCUGCUGAAUUCAAGAUCAGAAGCGAACGAUCCUUAUGUUCGGGCGAUGCUGGGCUUUUUGGUUGAAGAAUAUGGCGAAUAUGCGUAUCCGAAGAAAGUACUGAAUUUGGCUGGAUUAGAUGUCGAUCUCAAGAUAGCUUUCGCAGCGAUUUAUCUUUCGGAUGAUAUUCUUCCUCGUUAUCUGCGAACCUUGGCGACAGAACUUGACAAUCAAAAGUCGUUGAUGGCAGUUGCCUUGUCUGGAUUCGAAGAUGUUGAUGAUGCACGGAUCUUUGAUGGAUUUGAGAUUCUUUACGAUUAUUAUCAAACGAUUCCGGAUAUCCUCUCCCUUCAGACGAUCAUUUACAUCAUCUUCCAUGGCUACAGUUAUUCGGCCUUCAACUGCUCGAAACGACGAGAGAAUCUGUUCACCGAAUGGACGGAAGACUACACUCAAAUUCUUCAAGACAAUCAGCUUUACAACGAUCGUUGCGAGUUCGAACACGUCCUUUACAAAAUCAUCCACAAUCCUGACGAGAAAAAUGGCCACAGAAAGCACCCUCUUCAUAGCACAAUGUACGAGCUAUGCCAGUUUUGCAAGAAGCCGAUCAGCGAUCUGUCAAAAGGAGAAAGAUCAAAAAGUCGCGGAAGAAACCCUCCCAACGCGACAGAAUGCAUGUGCCAGAAUAAUGACUACACUGCUGGCGCGCUGGAUAGAAGGGUCUGUUCGAUUUGUCAGUUUCUUGUGACGCAGACGAGUGAGACUCCGCCAAUUCGAGCUUUUGGGCAAGCGCAUUAUCAGAAAAGCCAUCGUUGCGACUGGGUACUGUGCCUCUCCUGCGGCCACGGUGGCCACACUCCCUGCCUCAAAGCCUGGUUCAUGACCUCGGAAUACUGUCCUUUCGACGCCUGCAAAUGCAUCUGCAAAACAUGA